AUGUCGUUCGGAGGUGGAAGUCCAGGGGGAAGCGGAGGUUUCGGAAUGGGAAGUCCAGGAGGGGUUGGAGGUUUUGGAAAUGGAGGAUUCGGUAGGGGAGGCCAAGGCGGUGGAGGCGGAAGUCCAUUUCAUGUUGGUGGAGGUAUGGGCGGUAUGCCAUCCAAAGGGGGCCCAAUGAAUGGCGGAGCUUUCGUGGGAGGUCCCAAGGGCAUGGGGUCAGCUCACGGAGGACCGUCAUUAGGACCUAUGCAUGGACCAAAUGCCCCGGGGAACCCGGCGAUUGGAGGACUCGCGUCUCCAGGACAUGGGAUGUUCAACCCAUGGGGUUGCAGUGUAUACGUCAUCGAAUAA